ACGUAAGUUGUGCAGGAGUUUUGUUUUUGUUGCUCUAAGAAUGCGGAACGUUACGAGUGACCGUACUGGCGGGAAUAUUUCUCUGUCCUUGUGAUGUAUAAUAUGAUUCAGCGGAACCAUUAUUGCAUUGCGUACUAGUUGGUCAUAUGCAUUGCUCUGGAUAAAAGGUGUACGUUAGGUAUAUAAUGUUAUACGGCGCGGGACCCUGACUGAUCAACGCUAGUGUUAGUAAAAAUCAGCAUUUUAUCAAUUGAAUGUGCUGUUAUGGAUAACCACGGAACCAGUCAUCGACAUUCACAGUUACCGAAAACCGGUGGAACUCCUGCUACUACCAUCACUCGUGGAAGCGGUCGCGGUGCUGGAAUGAAGUAUGCGCCGAACGCAACCCCCAGGGGUGGUCAACAGAAGGGCCCCUCAUCUCGAGUUAUUAACCGAACAUAUCAGUCACAAAUUAGAUGCACCGUUGAAUCUUGCAGAAGCCGGAUGAACGAACCGCGCAAGCUUUUCUACCCGAUUCCGACAGCGCCAGGCACUCGCAAAAUAUGGACAGAUCUCAUCCGGCGUCACAGCUUAGGUUUCGGUCCGAUUUCCACGAACUACGUUUGCUCUGACCAUUUUUCGACUGAUCAAAAGCUGCCAAACGGCCACCUCAAGGGCAACGCUGUUCCAAAUAUAUUUAGUGUUCAACGGAGAGGAAUUGUGGAUUGCCUAUACUGCGGAAUGUCAUUUGAAAACCGUGGUCGACUCCAUUCGCACGAUUCGAUUGAUUGUUCGAUUCUCUUCUGGUGUAAUGCACGACAGAUACAUCUUCAUGAAAGUCGCCGCUGGAAACUUGAAUGUGAAGUCGAGUCCGUCCCCCCGAGUUCACUAUACGACGGCAAGUCGAGUUGUAAGGACUGCGAGAGGCGCAAUGAGGUCUACGAACAGAUGGAAGGACUUCGCCGAGAUAUCACACAGUUGACGAACGAAUUGAACGAGUUCACGGAAGUACAGCUUGGAGGACGGCUUCAAUUGAACUUCCCCACUCCGUGCGAAGAAACGUUUGCCAUUUCUGAUGACAAAACACAAACAAUUCAGACUGAGAGUGAAAUUUCUUGAGAUAUUGCUU